AUGGCCUACGGUGCCAAUAAUGAAAUUAUACGCGAAAUCGAAGAAGAACUCACAGAAUGGGCGAAGAGCGUACCCCGCGGAUCCCAAUAUAUGCUCUGUGCAUCAUAUGCUCACGUCCAUCUCUAUCUAUAUCGGUCGUCCUUACGCCAUGCCAUCAAAGCCCCUGAGCUCAAAUAUACUGCCGGUAUGGACAUGUCCUCCCAUGCUACCAGAUGCAUCCAGAGUGCGCAAAAUAUUAUCUCGCUAUUUGAAGACAUGUGCAUACGAGGCCUUUUAACAGGAGGGAACUGCUCAGCUGUCCGAAUGCUGUGCAGUUCCAUCACAACACUCCUGUACAUCGUGCUUGCUUCUCGGGGCUCAUACGAACCGGAGUCUUUGUUCCAAAAAUUGGCCACUGGGAGGAAGAUCUUGAAUCAUCUAGCAAAACGAAGUUUUCCUGCCAGUCGGUGCAGAGUUUUGCUCGCGAACAUGAUCUCAACUUUACCGGGGGACUUUCAAAAGGUCCGCGAUAGGCUACUCAACUUUGAUACUGAGGUUCCAGAUGUGCUAUUCAAUGAGGAAAUUGAAAGCAACCCGCAGCCUGACAAUUCAUACACUACCUCUCUAGCAGAGAGUACUUUUGCAAUGAGGCCCAAUUCUCAUCCACGAAGCUCCAGUUGCCUUCCGCCGGUUGUUAGCACGAUGCAGGGAUUUGGUGGGAGCGCUCAUGUACUAGGCAUCCCAAGUGAUGAGCAGCAUAAUCUCCACCAGGGAAAGACGCCAUCUACUCCGGCAAACCAAACGGCCGACAGGGCUGUACUCGAAGACAAGACACGAAGCGUAGAUAUCGAAACUCUUGGAUGCCAAAGUCGCCAGUUGGCGGAUCCACCCCUCGAUAUUCGUCCUCGGAUUUGCAUGGAAAGCAUUCAGUCCUCGGACUUUCCACCAAAUUGUUCCGCUGGAUCAUGGACCAGCGGGCUUGACAUCGGCAAUGCCUAUCGCUCAAGUUUGAACGAGGAACCACUGGCUGGGGCAUUCAAUAUUGAAGGAAAGGAUAUACGAGGCAUAGAUGACUUCUUUGAUUUUGAAAGUUGGUUCUAG